GUGUGCUUGUCUCCUCCUGUCUGCCGUCCCACCUCCGUGCCGGAGCUCUACGUCUUCUCUAACAAACUCUCUGCCUUGCUUCUCCCCCGCCCCCCGGGCUUCUGCUUUGUGGAUGUUGGCGGCUUCAUGUUGUGACAGGAGAAUGUGUGUAUGUCCUGGGCCCAGGCGGAUCGCAAUUCCAGUCCGAAGCUCCAGGCUGCCGUUGUUGUCUGAUGCCAUGCCAGCACCAGCUCAUCUGUUCCCAUUGAUUCGUAACUGUGAGAUUGGCAGGAUAGGCAGUACUGCGUGCUACUGCCACCAUAAACAUCUGUGUUGUUUGUCAUCUCAUUUUGCUCACAGUCACUUCAGAUAUGCACCACAGAAGAAAUUUGCGGCACUUUACAGGCCAAAGGAGCACUUUAAUCACUUUAUUCACGCAAGGGAUUAUGCUUCUACGCCGCAGAGGUUUUACCUCACCCCUCCACAGGUCAACAGCAUCCUGAAGGCAAAUGAAUACAGUUUCAAAGUCCCAGAAUUUGAUGGUAAAAAUGUAAGUUCUGUUCUUGGCUUCGACAGUAACCAGUUGCCUGCUAAUGCUCCGAUAGAGGACCGGAGGAGUGCUGCCACUUGUUUACAGACAAGAGGGAUGCUUCUGGGUGUGUUUGAUGGCCACGCAGGCUGUGCUUGUGCUCAAGCUGUCAGUGAAAGACUGUUUUACUACAUUGCUGUCUCUUUGUUACCUCAUGAAACUUUACUUGAAAUAGAAAAUGCUGUGGAGAGUGGCAGAGCUCUGUUGCCUAUUUUACAGUGGCACAAGCAUCCCAAUGAUUAUUUUAGCAAAGAGGCUUCCAAGCUUUACUUCAACAGUCUAAGAACUUACUGGCAGGAGCUGAUUGAUCUCAACAGUGGGGAGACUACUGAUGUGAGAGAAGCUUUAAUUAAUGCCUUUAAGAGGCUUGAUAAUGAUAUUUCUUUGGAAGCUCAAGUAGGAGAUCCAAAUUCUUUUCUCAACUACCUAGUACUGCGAGUAGCAUUUUCUGGCUCAACUGCCUGUGUAGCCCAUGUGGAUGGUGUUGACUUGCACGUUGCAAACACAGGUGACAGCAGAGCAAUGCUCGGCGUUCAGGAAGAAGAUGGAUCUUGGUCUGCGGUUAAUUUGUCCUAUGACCACAAUGCACAAAAUGAACAUGAAGUGGAACGUGUGAAAAUGGAGCAUCCAAAGUCUGAAGAGAAAAGCCUUGUGAAACAAGAUCGUCUCUUGGGUCUUUUGAUGCCUUUCAGAGCUUUUGGUGAUGUGAAGUUUAAAUGGAGUAUUGAACUGCAGAAGAGAGUAGUGGAAUCAGGCCCAGAUCAGCUGAAUGACAAUGAAUAUACGAAGUUUAUUCCUCCAAACUAUUACACUCCCCCAUACCUCACAGCUGAACCAGAAGUCAUACAUCACAAGUUACGGCCACAGGAUAAAUUCCUGGUUUUGGCCACGGAUGGGCUGUGGGAGACAAUGCACAGGCAAGAUGUGGCUAGAAUUGUGGGGGAGUACCUCACUGGUGUUCACCACCAACAGCCAAUAGCUGUUGGUGGCUAUAAGGUAACUUUGGGACAGAUGCAUGGUCUCUUAACAGAAAGGAGAGCAAGAAUCUCUUCAGUAUUCGAAGAUCAGAAUGCGGCAACUCACCUGAUACGUCACGCAGUGGGUAACAAUGAGUUUGGAACUGUGGAUCAUGAGCGACUGUCCAAGAUGCUGAGUCUUCCAGAAGAGCUGGCUCGAAUGUACAGAGAUGACAUUACAAUUAUUGUGGUGCAGUUCAAUUCACAUGUUAUAGGCGCAUAUCAAAAUGAGGAAUUGUGAAUUUAAUGCAGUGAACUAGUUACUAAAGUUGUAACAAGGGCCAGUAUGAGCAGCAAAUUUCAAAAAAUCCACCCAAAAAUAAAAUUUAAAAAAGCCUUUGGCAAACAAUUUUCAUUUGUUAGAUUCAGCAUAUCUAUUGUUCCUGCCUUUCCCCAGAGGCCUAAAAACAUGGGAAGUGCUAUUGACCCAAUACAAAACUUGAAGCGGAUGUCCUAGCUUGGGAAAAGAGUUUUUUAUAACAACUUUGCACUAUUGAUUUCACGAAUGCUGCUAAAACAAUGUCUUGAAUUUGGCAAAUUUGGAUGAGGGAGGAAGUAGGAUAAAGAACUAACUAUCUGAGAUCUGGCUGUUCAAGAAACAGCUUGCUUAUAAAAUAUCUGCAAAUAUCUACACUUAGGGAAAAGAUAAAUAAAAAGUAUUGUUGAAUUUUUUACAGGGCUAAUUGUUGCAAUGGUUAUCUGUGAAUGUAUUGUCUAUUGUUUCUUCUAAGCAGAAGGUCACUUGAACCAAGUAAGUCCUCAGUGUAACAAAGUUGUCUCACUUUCAUAUGGACAAUGUCAUUCAUGUAAGGAUAUUUGUCUAAGUGUUGACUUUCAAGGCAGGUCUAAGCCAUAAUCAAUACCUGAGAUUCUGCUACAGUUUAAUCGUAUGCACGGUAAUUUCUAAAUUUCUUGUGCAUUAAUACUUGGCUGUGGUUUUCUGCACAACUUGUAGGGCAAUAACACAUUACAACAGGCAGCAAGAUAGCAGAUAACUUCAUGGAGGACUUCAGUUUUCAGUAUGAAGAAGCUUUCAGACUUUUCAAAAAGUCAGUAUUGUUGGUUAAGGCUGUGUUUGCUUUCCUAAAGGUUAUGUCCUUCAUGGACUCCACCUCUCCUUGGCAUUGCUUAUCUACUAAAUAAUUUUUCACCUGAAAAGAUCAGGAAAUCAUUGCUAACCUCUUUGUAGCUUUGUAACUUGCACUCAUUUUCACUUUGGAUAUUUCAAAAGGUCACAAUACAUGUCCUUCACUUGAACUCAUAUGUGUAAGUUGGGUGAAAAACUACAAAUUACAAAAAAAAAUUGAAGUAUGGCUUGUAAAUAGCAUUUUAAUUGGGAAGCUGACUGGCAUGCAUGUGUAUGUUCAGUGGCUAUUUCUAGCAACUUAUUUUAGUUGUGUGUUUCUGGGCAGCUGGUGUAUGCAUGUUUUUACAGUCCAGAAUGGUAUUGCAGAGCAGUCUCUGAAAUGGGUCUCUCUGUCUUGGAAUGGUUGAAUUUGAACUUAAAAAGAUUGGCUGUACUUGUGUGCCAAAAUUGUUUGGCUUGUAAUGGCAAAAGUAGAGACUGACAGCUAAUUGGUCAUCAUUGCAUCUAUUUGAGGUAUGUUGCAUUGUGAUUUUUUUUCACCUGCCCUUAGGUUAAACCUGAAAUGCCUGUUGAAAUACUAGUCCUUGAUGACUGAGAGAACACAUUUAACUUUAUUCCUGAGUUCUAGAGAACAAUGAUAGGUCAGCUUAUUUCACUUUACCAAGGUGUUUCAGUUAAAAUACCUCCCUAGCCCUCAUCAUAGCUAGUUAAAUCAACACUUAACUGAAAUAUGCUAGGUUUCUAAUGUGGCAUUUUUUAAACUAAAUGUCUUGCCAAUUAAUGCUACUGUCCAUAGGGUGCAGUUAGUUUGAACAAUGAACCUGUGCUAUAGUAAACAUUGGCUCCUCAAACUCACAAAUGCUGUGUGUACUCAGUGGCCUGCAGCUUUAGUAUGUCUCUACCUAACCUUAACCAUCAGCAUCAAUAUUGCUGUAAGGUUAAUGAUGCCUAAGUUCACUUUCAAGAUAUACAUGACCCUUCUUUAUUUGAAGGGAAAAGGGAAACUCUAAAAUGCUUAGACAAGUACUGGCAGUUGACAUUGCUUCUGUAUGUUGUGUUUUGGUGACUGUCAUUAACUAGGUCAAUAGACUAUGUUCUAUCAUUUGAAUGCAGUAUGUAUCUCAGCUGUUGCAGUAUUUAACUUUCUUACUUUUUUUACUGUUAAAGCUCUAUUAACAUGCAUUGAUGUAUUUAACCUACGAUUGUUGAUACGGAUUUGGUACAAGUCAUAGCUAGAAGAAAUGCACAUUGGUCCCAUGGAUACAACUUUUUGUUGAGGAGAAGCUGCUUUUUGUAGUAAAGAUACUUAAGUAUGGGGUCAGACAAUAUUUAUGUAUUGCUUGGAGACUUGCUCAGUAUGUAUGCAGUGAACAGAAGCAGCAUAACUGCCUGCUGAACAGGUGAUCUGAACAAACAUCUUUUAAUGGAUUCCAAUAAAAUGAUCAAUUAUGCAGAAAUCCAUGUGUAUGGAGUUCAUGUAGAAUGUGAUAUCUCUUCUGCUAGGACUUGGUUCUUUUGUGUGAUCCCUGUUAUGAAUACUCAGAUGGCCAAGGAAAGGGAAGCCUAAAUGGAAACACACAAUUGAACUUCAGAGUGCUUCAGUGCCACUGUGAGGCUCAAUGCCACCCUGCAUCAGGCAUGCUGCUGCUGCCUCCCCCAGGCAGCAAAGCUGCCUUCCAUCAGAUCCUUCUAUCAGUACUGCUGUGUGUCUCAGCACCUCAUGAGUACCUUCAGGGGCAGUGCUGCUGAGGAAGCAGCAGCAUUUUGGAUCUUAAAGCUGGGUACUGUACUCUGUAUCAAGCAAUACAGCAUUUCAUAAAAUCUAAAAUAUGUGCAGAUUAAAUUGGGGCAAGAAUGAGCUGAUGGUGAGCUAAACAGAAACAGCUCUUGUGCCACAGGCUGAGGAUACAUUUGCCUUGUCUGUCAGAAUUGGUGCAUUUUGGAAAGUACAGAUAUUGUGCAUGUAAGGGUGAUGCUGGGUAAGGAUUUCACAGCUGCAGGUAUGUGGUUCGGCCAUGGAGGAUAGCUGAAUCUUGGCAGUCAACACAAGAUUUACCUUAAUUUUCAAAACUGUUCUAGAUCAAUUGUCAGUUCAACAGUAAUGUUAUAUAAGAGAGGAGUGGGAGAUACGUUAACUUCCAGCUUAAGGCUCUGUUAACUCUGUUCCCUUGUGUUCAGUGGUAUGUGCAUUGUAUUUGAAUCCCUUCCAUCUGAAUGCUGAAGCACAACCCGUGUCAGUUGUACGAAGGGUGUUGUUUCUAAUUGAAGCUUAUGUAGAUGUGUAUUCAGAAGCUUCCUUGACAGGUUUCAUUAUUGCUCCACCACUGACGUGGUGGUAGAUAGCAAGUCCAUGACGUGGUGGUUGUAUUUGCAAUGCACCAGAUAAGCCUAUUGUUACAAUGCUGGUUACACCUGCUGUUUUAUUUGCUGCUUGUGAGUAUUAAUAAUAAAUUUCUGAGUAGAGGGAAAGGAUAACCUGACUUUCAUAACUGAAUCACAAAUUAAGCUGGCAGGAGCAUUGUGUGGCAAAAUGAAAUGCAAUCUGAGAUGCAUAAAUGAUCUGUUCCUAUCUGUUCUGCCAGGUCUGAGGGUAAAAAAAAUGCCAAGCAACUUAUCUCACAUAUUGAUCAGUGUGCAGGUCUUCUGAAACUGCAUUUCUUGCAAAUGACCCACCUAAUCAGUCAUGAAAUUUUCCAAGAUUACAUAAAACUUAAGCAUAGGAAAAUACAGGCACCAUUCAGUAUAUACUAUGAUAAGCAGGUACUUUGGUUUUUUUGUGGCAAUUAAUAAGAAAUUAGAUUUUGGGGGUUUUUUGUUCUCCCUAUAUAGUCUCUUUCUGUGUUGAAGCAAAAAAAGAAAAAAUGAACUGCAAAGUAUUUAUUUGUUAUGGCUCCUAGUCUGGAGAAGUAAGCAGUCUUGCAGAUUUUAGGGGAUGUUUUAUGUAGCAGGCUGUUCACUAUCCUCAUGGUGAAUCUUUAUCUGAAUGGAAAAAUUGUGCUUCCUUUAUAGACUUUCUAUUAGAUUUCCUAGAUAGAAAAUCCUCUUUAAUAAAACUUUUGAAUACCAAA